CCUACCUCUUCUUCGGGCAGCUCAAAACACAAAUCCUCUCUCACUUUUUACCAUCGUCAGGACGCUGCCCGAACUGCCCGAAACCUUACUGGAAGAAUUACGGGCAGUCACUCACCAGUACCCGCUCUCUCUCUCUCUCUCUCUCUCUCUCGCUCCCUGGGCUCUGAUAUUUCUAUAUCUUUGGUUUCUUUGUGUUUUCCACGAUCACGAUCGGACGGUCCAAAAUGAACGGAGCCUCUGAUGCUUUUUUCUUCGGGUUUUAGAGCCUGAAACUCCCAGAUCUGCUAUCUACGACCUUAGAUCUCUCUUCCUGGUUUAGUUUUUCUCGCUUCGCUCGUCAAUUCCACGAUCUCCUUUCCGUUUUCCAGUGGUUGUAGGUGUGAGUCGCUGUUUGCUAAAACAACAGAUGGAAACUAACUACAGUUCGGUGGGAGUUAACGGCGCGCUAACGUGCGCCGGCGAGGCUUUAGCGGCUUUGCUUGUCUCGGCUCUGCUCAAAAGCCAGCUUUUGGUUCUCGAUCUUUCUGGGUCCGUGCCAAUUAACAAAGCCAUUAUCCAAGGAGACCUUCACACGCAGUGUGAGGGCGAACCAGCUGAUGCUGAGGGGGAUGACAAUGAAGAAGAUGGCGAUGAUGGAGAGGGUGGAUUUGGAGAAGGUGAAGAGGACCUCUCGUCUGAAGAUGGAGGAGAUUUCGGGAAAAAUUCCAACAAGAGUAACUCUAAGAAGGGCUCGGAAGGUGGAGCUGGAGGUGCCGAAGAGAAUGGUGGGGAAGAAGAGGAUGACGAAGAAAAUGGCGACGAUGAUGACGAUGAUGACGACGAUGAUGAUGACAAUGACGACGAUGAUGAUGACAACGAUGACGAUGGCGAUGGUGAAGAGGAAGAGGAAGAGGUAGUUGUGCAAGAAGAGGAUGAGGAGGAUGAAGAGGAUGAUGACGAGGAAGCUCUCCAGCCACCCAAGAAAAGGAAGAAGUAAAACUAGCAGGCCACCGAGUCUGAGAGAGCCCCCCACUCCCGCAGAUUACUACUCUUGUGACUUGUCGUCUAACUUAAUGGUCUUAUUUAGCUCGUGAGGGGCUUUUUCUAGGAUGCUGUUUAAUUGUUGACUACAUUUUCAUUUCAUAAUUCGAGCACUAUAUUACUUUUGAGCAGCGGCAUUGAUUAAAUUUGAGAAAAUGUUGUGUUCUCUGUUAA